GUGGCGACGAUGCCUUCAACACGUCCUUCUCCGAGACCGGUGCCGGCAAGCAUGUCCCCCGCUGUGUAUUCGUCGACCUGGAGCCCACUGUGGUCGAUGAGGUACGCACAGGCACUUACCGUCAGUUGUUCCAUCCUGAGCAGCUUAUCUCUGGUAUGGAGGAUGCCGCGAACAAUUUCGCGCGCGGGCACUACACGAUCGGCAAGGAGAUCGUCGACCUCGUGCUCGAUCGGAUCAGGAAGCUGGCCGACAACUGUACUGGCGCCGGGCUCGGCUGCUUGAUGCUGGAGCGCCUGUCCGUGGACUACGGGAAGAAGACGAAGUGUUCAUUCACCGUGUGGGCGUGCUCGCAGGUCGCCACCGCAGUGGUAGAGCCUUACAACACGGUGCUCUGCGUGCGUUCCCUCCUGGAGCACACAGAUGUGACCAUCAUGUACGACAAUGAAGCACUUUACGAGCACGGGCACAUGUCGGCUGCUGCCGUGGUUGGUGCAGAGUCGGAAUCGUCGGACGGGGAGGGGGAUGUGGAGUCCGAGGGCGUGGACGCUGAUGGAGGUGAGGGCUUGGUGGACGUGGAAGAGAUGGAGGUUGGCAGCAUGGCGGCGAACAUACGGCGUCUUGAACGCCCCGGUGAUUGGUGCUGCAUCGACUGCUCGAUGGGCCACUACGCCUCGCACGAGCGGUGCAGGAAGUGUGGGGGCGAGUUCGCCGGCGCGGUGCUGCGGCAGGACUUGGAGACGGGGGCGCUUCGCGUGCAAUAUUACCCGGCACCCGGGUUGUGCAUGGCGUCCGCUGGCGGUGGGCAUGCGCGUGGUGUGGGGCAUCGGCGGCCGGUGUGGGGGGAGGCGGUGGGCGCGCGCCCGGGGCCGCGGGCGGACGCGCGCGUGUCGGAGGCCCAGAGGCGCAUGGAGUGCGAGGGGGCGGAGGUGCGGAAGGCGUAUGCGGAGGCGGAGGAGGCGGAAGCGGUGCUUGCGCGCGAGGUGCACAGGAAGGCGGUAGCGGAUGCGGAGGCGGUGGAGGCGGCGGUGGCGGUGGCUCAGGCGGAGACCCGGCUCGAGCGAGCAGGAACUGCUCGUGCUGUGGCCGUGGCGGGCCUGACGGAGGCGAGGGCGAGCCUGGAGCGCAUGGUGACGCUGGUGGCGGCGGAGCGCCAGGCGGCGGCGGAGCGCCAGGCGGCGCUGUCGAAGGCGCAGCUGGCGGCGCAGCCGGCGCAGCCGGCGGCGCAGGCGGCGCAGCCGGCGCAGCCGGCGCAGCCGGCAGCGCAGGCGCAGGCGGCGCCGGCGGCGACGUGGAGGGCGCGCGUCGUGGCGGACCAGCAGGGCGGCCUCGGCUAUUUAGGGGUGCGCCGGGGCGACAUCGUUGAGGUGUUGGCGGAGGAUGGCGUCUGGGUUUACGCUGCUGAUGACGAUGACGACCGUCGUGGGUGGCUCGCCAUGGAGUGCAUCGAGAUGUGGACCUGGGCGGCGGGUCCCCGUGGUGGCGGCGGCUGGCGGCGCGUGCGCGUGAUGCGGGCGGACUUCUUGGAGUGGCUGCGAGCGCGUCGGCUCCAGGACUUCGCCCCGGCGCUGGCAUCCCUUGGGGCGGUGGAGAUCGGGGACUUAGUGCGCUUGCGCGAGGCGGACCUGAGGGAGGGGGCUGCCGGAGCGGCAGGCGAGGAGGCGACCGGUGGCGGCGCUGGCGCUGCUGGGCCCGCGGGCGGCGGCGACGCGGCGAGCGCGUCGUCGGGCGUCGUCGCGGCGGAGCGCGGCGGCGCUGGCGGCGGCGGGGUUCUGGAGUACGUGGGCGGGGUGGGUGGCAUGGCUCCCGGUGCGGUGACGGGCGCGCUGGCGCCUGGCGGCACCGCCGGUGGUCGGCGGAGAAGGUCGUCCUUGGACAGCAGCAGCGAUGGGGCCGGGUCGGGCGGCGAGCGCGAGGCGAUGUUGGGCGGUGGGGGUCGUCAUGGAGGACGAGCGGCGCCGGGCGGCGGCAGCGGCGCCGACGCUGCGGGGGCGAGGCGCGGGACGCGGAGAAGGACCAGCCUGGGCUCCAGUAGUGACGGGGGCGGCGUCGAGGUGGCCGCGGUCCUCGCCGGACGAGGUCGGCGGGGUCGUGGGCGGGGCUGCGGCAGAGGGCGGCGCGGCGGUGGCCGGCGCGGCGAGCUCGAGCUGGGCGUGGGGGACGUGGAGGAGUGCAGGGUGUUCCAGCCGGCGUGCGUGGACCCGGCCAGGUGUCAGGCGCUGCUCUGGGGCGGUGGGCUGGGCCGCCUGCAGUGUGGCAGUAAGCCGGAGCCGGGGUCGGACCUGUGCAAGGCACAUCGGUUGUGCCCGCACGGGCGCGUCGCGGGGCCCAUCCCAGAGAAGAAGCUGGACCAGUUCCGCAGGGUGGCGUUGGGCGUCCCCAAGCCGUCGAGGCAGUGGUAUUCUCGCCACUUGAUGUGGGGGUACGCCGCCGAGAUACGCCCGGAGCUCCGGUUUCUCAGCGAGCGCGACGAGGCGGGGCGCUGGAAGCUCACGGACGCCGAGUACGAGCGGUGCCUGGGCAAGAUUCAGGAGUACGUGAGGAAGAAUCGGGGCCAGGGGGGUCGCUCUGGUCUGGUGGCGUUGGAGGUGGGGGCCGGCGUGCGGUCCAGGGAUGACAGGGGUGCUGGGGCGGAUGGCGGUCGCUACGGGGCGGACCGCGAGCGCUGCAACGGCCGGGGCGGCGGCCGCGUCUUCAAGUGGUACAGCCGCGCGGUCUUCAACAACUAUCUGGCGCGGUGGGGGGCGUCUGAGCCCACUUGCGCGGAGCGGCAGUGUAUGGUGGCGCUCGCCGCCGUGUCUGAGGAGGUGGCGAAGUAUCCGUUGCUGCAUGAUCGCCUGAAGGCUUUUGCGGGCCCGCAGUGCUACGCGCACCUGGACCCCGACGGCGGGGAUUACCGCGUGCCUGUGAACGAGGAGAAGGGGGCGGUCGAGGAGGCUGGCGACGGGGAGCCCGUGGGGGUCUCGGUGGCCCGGGACCUCGUGGAUCCGAGCAAUUGGUUCCAGUGUGAUUGCUGCCGGUGUUGGCGGUUCGUGGGGCCUUUGUGCGCGGCGGCCCUGCGGGAGUCCGGCUUCUUCGCCGUGCGCGACAGCGACUUGGACUGGGAGACGUGGCUGGAGCGGGCGGACGAUCGGUAUAAGUUCGCCAAGGCGUGCCACGACGAACAGCGCGGAGGGGGUGAGGAGGACGACGGUGAUGGCGGCCUCGGCGAAGUCGCAUCUGCGGAGGCGGCGGCGGCGCCGGUGAUGGGGCGGGGCGCUGUUGCCGCGCCGCGCAGGUUGCGCCGCAAGACGUCCGUGGAGGCGGCGUCGCGGGAGGCUGGUCCGGGGGGGCGGCGCAGGCUGCGGCGGAAGGUGUCGCAGGACGAGGCCGUGGCGGGAGAUUCGGCGGCGGCGGGACAUCGGCGGGCGGGGCUGCCGGACACGGGGGUCGGCUCGAAGCGCCCGAGGGACGGCGAUGGCGGGUCGGCUGCGGGAUCUGCUGGAGGCGGUGAUGGUGCUGAUGCGGUCGCCGUAGCUUGCGACGACGCGGGCGCGGUCGGCGCGCCAGAUCCGCUGCUGGAUGAGCGGUCUGCGUCCGACUUCGAGGUCGCGUCGUGCGACGGCGAGCCGACGGGGGCUCCUGUGGGCGCGGGAGGUGGCGGCGGCGGCGACGGCGGCGUGCUCGCGCCCGGCGUCCGGCGGCUGCUGGACGCGGAGCUGGGGCGCCUGAGGGGCGCGGGGCCGCUGACGCAGGAGGACGAGAAGAGGCGGAGAGUGGCGGAGGUGGCGGAGGGCGCGCGGGGAUCGAGCGCCGGCGGCGGCGGCGGUGGCCGGGCGCGUGGCGGGGGCAGGGGCGACGUCGGCGGCGCGUUCGAGGUGGGGCGCCUCAAGGAUCGGCGCUCUCUGCUUGUUUUUGAAGCUGUUCGGCAGUGGUUGUCUUCGCUGCUGGGAGCCGGAGGGAGGGCACCGGCGCUCUCCGUGGCGCAGCAGGAGAAGUUGUGGGCGGCCGUGGCGGGCGAGAGGCGGGACGGCGCGGCGGAGUCGCUGGGGCAGGUGCUGUGGGCGGUGGCGACGGAGACUGGCGCGGAGGCGGCGGUGGCGGAGGAAGACGAUGACGGUGUCGAGCUACUGAUUCGACAGCGCCGCAUGGAGGAUCAGCACAGGGUCAUGACCGGCCACUGGGCGAAGUUGGUUUUGCCGCGGGAGGGGCCCUCCCGGGAAGGGGGCGGCGAUGGGGCGGUGGACGGGGUUCGUGUGAUGGGCCGGUCGCACGGCAUGGUGUUGCGGUCCGCGGGGAAGGUUCUGAGUGGACAGCUGCAGGUAGAGGCUGCGAGUUCUGGCGGCGGGCUGCGGGGGCGGCGGGCUGGGACUGUGAAGAGGCUGAAGUUUGAUCCGCAGGAGGGCCGGGUGCUCGGCUGGUUCUUGCCAGACCAGAAGAUCCAGGCGCCGCGGGGAGUGCGGUGGGAGCCGCGGCGGGAGGUGCCGCUCGCGGGGCCCGUGGACGUCAACCACAUGGAGGUCGUACCUACUGCGCUUUCCCACCGCAGCAACGCGCGGGUCGAUUUGAGGGCGCCGCUGGGGCUGCGCGUUCCGGGCGCCAAGGGUGCUUGGCGUGCCGCGAGCAAGGAGGAGGCGGAGCGGCGGAGGUGGUUGCAGGACGGCUACGUGCCCGUGCCCGCGAAGAAGGUGCCGGUGCGCGCGGUGAAGUACGACACGCAGUUGAGGGGGGCUUCGCUGCGGGCGGUGCAGGCCAUGCACACGAUCAUGAGUCGCAUGGUGCUAUUCGAGUGCAGGGGCUGCAAGGAACGCUUCCCGGCGUUUCACCCUGCCUAUGAGCCGCCGCCGGAGAUCGCGGAGAAGAUGGAGGUGCUGAGGGCGGGGAAGAACGGCGUGGCGACGUGCUGCAUGGCCGUGGCGUCCUGGGCGGAGUCCCCGCCGUCGCCCGAGUCGAUGGCGGGCGGAGAGGCGUGGAAGGGGGACGGCUGUGACUUCGCGGGGCGGUUCUCCGGGACGUGCGUGCGGUGUCGGGCGGACGUGGAUUCCCAGCUCGCCGCGAUGGAGCGCGCGUCGCGCCGGGCCGCCGAGCAGGCCGCGGAGCAUGGCGGCGAGGAGGGCGACGGCGCGGGUGGUGGAGGGGCGGGGGCGGAGCCGGCUCCGGCGUCGGUGAUCGUCGCCCUGCGCUCGGAGGAGAAUCACAUGGAUCCGUGCUUCCGGUUUCCGUGGGAUGACCUCCAGGAGCUCUUCGACGCGGCGACCGUGACGGAGGCGAUGCUUUUGGCGCUGGAGCACAUGCAGGUCAACUACGUCACGGUGGCGCUGUCUGGCCUGCGGAAGUUCCGGAGGAACGUGCUGUCCUUUCCGCAGGACAUCGCGGGCUUCGCGAUGCGGCACGGGCUGCUGAAGCAGUACCGGCCGAGGGGCCGCGUGGACUCCGUCCGCGGGCCGUGGGGCGGGGCGGAGAACCCGGAGCGGGAUGCGGAGCCGGAGUCUUUCGUGGACGCCGAGACGUUCACGCUCUGGCUGGGGAGCUCAGAUUUUCCCGUUGGUGCGCGGGUUCGGUCCUGGUGGGCGGAGUUGCCUUUGGGCGCGGAGGGUGACCUGGAGGCGCUGAAGGCGGGGGAUGACGAGACGGUCGUGGAUCUCUUCGCCAGGGUGGUGUCGGAGCUCCGGGAGGGCGUUGUGACCGCGGGGGCUGGCAGCGGCAUUGUCGGCGGCGCUGGGGGUGCUCGUGGCGCGGGAGGUACGGCGGGCGACGUGGUGCACGUGAUGGAUCUGGUGGAUUGGUUGCGGUGCCGAGCGGGAGAGAUCGUGCUGCGCGGGGGCGCGGGCGUGGAUCCGGAGGUGGGUCGUGUCAUGGCGGACGUGGACGGGGAGGGCGACAUGGCGCCGAGUACGUCUGAAGAAGACCUUCGCGCAGUGCUGCGCUGGUUGUGGCGCGAGGGAGGGGCCGCGGAGUGGGAAGCCAUGGGGGAGAUGUCGUCGGAGGAGGUUCGCGAGGAGCUGGCGGCGGUGCUCGGUCGCGUGUCUGCGUCGGAGGUGGGCCUGGCGGGGGCGGGUGCGCCGGUGGCGAGCGGGGCGGAGUCGGCGAGUGCGGAGAGUGAGGGCUCGGACCAGGAGGGCAGCGGCGAGGGCGCGCGGCUGUCGGCGGCGAGGGUGCAGGACCUCCUGGAUGCGCUCGUGCAGGACGGAUCCCUGGUGGCGAUGGGCGGUGAGGCGGUGCAGGAGGUCGACGCGCGGUGCCGGGUGGUCUCUGCGCCGCCGCUCGAUGAGGCUGCGUGGGGGGCGCGGGAUCGGGGCAG